UGCAACAGGAGCUCAAAGUAAUUUGAAAAGUGGGAAGAUGGCUGCAUUAAUAGCCAGUGGACGUGGACUCUUUGGACCACAGUGGCCAUUUGAUGAUGUCCCAAAGGCAGUAACAAGGAAAGUUAAAGGAGGGAAUAUUGAUGUACAUCCAUCAGAAAAAGCACUCAUUGUUCAAUAUGAAGUGGAAGCUACCAUUCUUGGAGAAAUGGGGGAUCCCAUGUUGGGAGAAAGAAAGGAAUGCCAAAAAAUCAUUCGUCUGAAGAGUCUCAAUGCCAACACAGAUAUAACUUCUCUGGCUCGGAAGGUGGUUGAAGAAUGCAAGCUCAUUCAUCCCUCAAAACUCAAUGAGGUGGAACAACUGUUAUACUAUCUGCAGAACCGCCGUGAUUCAUUGUCAGGAAAAGAAAAAAAAGAAAAAUCAAGCAAGCCUAAAGAUCCACCUCCUUUUGAAGGAAUGGAGAUUGAUGAAGUUGCUAACAUUAAUGACAUGGAUGAAUAUAUUGAAUUAUUAUAUGAAGAUAUUCCUGACAAAGUUCGGGGUUCUGCUUUGAUACUCCAGCUCGCUAGAAAUCCUGAUAACUUGGAAGAACUACUAUUAAAUGAAACUGCCCUUGGUGCGUUGGCAAGAGUCCUGAGAGAAGACUGGAAGCAAAGCGUUGAAUUAGCUACAAACAUAAUUUACAUCUUUUUUUGCUUUUCUAGCUUUUCUCAGUUUCAUGGACUUAUAACUCACUAUAAAAUUGGAGCUCUAUGUAUGAACAUCAUUGAUCAUGAGUUAAAAAGACAUGAGCUUUGGCAAGAAGAACUUUCCAAGAAGAAGAAAGCUGUUGAUGAAGACCUUGAAAAUCAAACCUUGAGAAAGGAUUAUGAAAAAACUUUUAAAAAAUACCAAGGGCUUGUGGUAAAACAAGAACAGCUACUACGAGUUGCUCUUUAUUUGCUUCUGAAUCUUGCUGAGGAUACUCGAACAGAACUGAAGAUGAGGAAUAAGAAUAUAGUUCACAUGUUGGUGAAGGCUCUUGAUCGGGACAAUUUUGAGCUGCUUAUUCUAGUUGUGUCAUUCUUAAAGAAACUGAGCAUUUUUAUGGAGAAUAAAAAUGAUAUGGUGGAAAUGGAUAUUGUUGAAAAACUUGUAAAAAUGAUACCUUGUGAACAUGAAGAUCUCCUGAAUAUCACCCUCCGGCUUUUACUAAACCUGUCCUUUGACACAGGACUGAGGAAUAAGAUGGUACAAGUUGGACUUCUUCCAAAACUCACUGCACUCCUAGGCAAUGAAAACUACAAACAAAUAGCAAUGUGUGUGCUUUAUCACAUAAGCAUGGAUGACCGCUUUAAGUCAAUGUUUGCAUACACUGACUGUAUACCACAGUUAAUGAAGAUGCUCUUUGAAUGUUCAGAUGAACGAAUUGACUUGGAACUCAUUUCUUUUUGCAUUAAUCUUGCUGCUAACAAGAGGAAUGUACAGCUUAUCUGUGAAGGAAAUGGGUUGAAGAUGCUCAUGAAAAGGGCUCUGAAGUUCAAGGAUCCAUUGCUAAUGAAAAUGAUUAGAAACAUUUCCCAGCAUGAUGGGCCAACUAAAAAUUUGUUUAUUGAUUAUGUUGGGGACCUUGCAGCCCAGAUCUCUAAUGAUGAAGAGGAAGAGUUUGUGAUUGAAUGUUUGGGAACUCUUGCAAAUUUGACCAUUCCAGACUUAGACUGGGAAUUGGUUCUUAAGGAGUACAAGUUGGUUCCGUACCUCAAGGAUAAACUAAAGCCAGGUGCUGCAGAAGAUGAUCUUGUUUUAGAAGUGGUUAUAAUGAUUGGAACUGUAUCUAUGGAUGACUCUUGUGCUGCACUGUUAGCAAAAUCUGGGAUAAUCCCUGCACUCAUUGAACUGCUAAAUGCUCAACAAGAAGAUGAUGAGUUUGUGUGUCAGAUAAUCUAUGUCUUCUACCAGAUGGUUUUCCACCAAGCCACAAGAGACGUCAUAAUCAAGGAGACACAGGCUCCAGCAUAUCUCAUAGACCUGAUGCAUGAUAAAAAUAAUGAAAUCCGAAAGGUCUGUGAUAAUACUCUAGACAUUAUAGCGGAAUAUGAUGAAGAAUGGGCUAAGAAAAUUCAGAGUGAGAAGUUUCGCUGGCAUAACUCUCAGUGGCUAGAGAUGGUGGAGAGCCGCCAGAUGGAUGAGAGUGAGCAGUACUUGUAUGGUGAUGAUAGAAUUGAGCCAUACAUUCAUGACGGAGAUAUUCUGGAAAGACCUGACCUUUUCUACAGCUCAGAUGGAUUAAUUGCCUCUGAAGGAGCCAUAAGUCCAGAUUUCUUCAACGAUUAUCAUCUUCAAAACGGAGACGUAGUUGGGCAGCAUUCAUUUCCUGGCAGCACUUUUCAUCCAAGGAUUUCAAAGUGCUUUACAAAUAUGCACUAAUUAAGCCUCACAAACAGCCAGAGCCUUGGAAUAGAUGGCUUUGGCCAACCAGUUGGCCUUCUUGGACGCCCUGCCACAGCCUACGGAUUCCGCCCUGAUGAACCUUACUACUAUGGCUAUGGGUCUCGAUAAAAUCCUCCCUUUUUGUGUGUACUCUCAGCUUAGAAGAACUCUGUGUGGGUUGGGUUAACUCUGAUCUUUGCCUAAUAAUGCAUGUUGAUACUAUUGUGGGUCUGUGUUUCUUCUUACUUUCCCUGUUAGCUGCAGAUAAACUCCAACCCUUUCUAUUUCCUGUCAAGUGAGUUGAUGCUAACACUGUUCACUCAUCCAGCCACACCCUGAUAUUGAAAACCAUUUACCAUGAGACUCAGAAGUGAAUGUUGAAAAGCUACUAGAUUGGAAAACAGACACUACAUUAUGUACAUUAAGUGACUAAUUUAAUUUCUAUUAAAAGGAUGCAUAAAGUGCAAAUGAAUGAUCCAAA